AGGAGGUUUUUGGAGCAUCACCUUCUCUCCGUGGAGAACACCGAGCAGCAACCCCCGGCUGGGAAAUCUCUCCCCACUCCCUUCAUGACUGAGGAACCCUCCCCCCCAGCUGAGCCAGACCUGCCGCCCUCCGAGCUCCCCAACGCCACCGACUGCGGCGAGGAGAUCCUGCUCUAUGGGGACAGGGAGAAGGUGGUCAUUGGAGCCGUGCUCUCCAUCAUCAUCCUCACCACCAUCGCCGGCAACGCCCUGGUCAUCAUCUCUGUCUGUAUUGUCAAGAAGCUCCGGCAGCCCUCCAACUACCUGGUGGUGUCCCUGGCGGCCGCCGACCUCUCGGUGGCCUUUGCCGUCAUGCCCUUCGUGACCAUCACAGACCUGGUGGGAGGAGAGUGGCUCUUUGGGAAGGUUUUUUGCAACGUGUUCAUCGCCAUGGAUGUGAUGUGUUGCACGGCUUCCAUCAUGACCUUGUGCAUCAUCAGCGUGGACAGGUACCUGGGGAUCACUCGGCCGCUGACGUACCCCGUGAGGCAGAACGGGAAGCUGAUGGCCAAGAUGGUCUUCAUCGUGUGGCUCCUCUCCGCCUCCAUCACCCUCCCUCCUCUUUUCGGCUGGGCCAAGAACGUGACGGUGGAAAGAGUCUGCCUCAUCAGCCAGGACUUCGGGUACACGGUGUACUCCACGGGGGUGGCCUUCUACAUCCCCAUGGCCGUCAUGCUGGUCAUGUACAGCCGCAUCUACAAGGCGGCCAAGGCCAGCGCCGAGAAGCACCGCUUCAUGAACUUCCCCAAGCACCACGAAGAGGAAGGGGUCUACUGCCUGGAGACCUCCAACCGGGGCCACCCCGGCUCCCGGCGCGCCAAGGCGGCCGAGGAAUGCGCCACCCUCUCCAAACUCCUCCGGCAAGACCGCAAGAACAUUUCCAUCUUCAAACGGGAGCAGAAGGCGGCCAGGACCCUCGGCAUCAUCCUGGGGGCCUUCACUUUUUGUUGGCUUCCCUUCUUCUUGAUGUCCACGGCUCGGCCUUUCAUCUGCGGCAUCCGCUGCAGCUGCAUGCCCCUGAGGCUGGAGAGGACCCUGCUCUGGCUGGGCUACACCAACUCCCUCAUCAACCCUUUGAUUUAUGCUUUCUUUAACCGAGACUUGAGGACUACUUUUUGGAACCUCUUGAGGUGCAGGUACAGGAACAUCAACAGGAGGCUCUCCGCCGCCAGCAUGCACGAGGCCCUGAAAGCCACAGAGAGGCACGAGUGCAUCCUCUAGACACGUCUCCUCUCGCUCAGUGCCUGA